UAUAUAUGUACUAUAAACACAAUAUUUAUUUGUGCUAAAACUGUCUUACUUUGGAGUGAUUCACUAUUCUAAACCAGGCCCAGAUGAUGGAAAAGUGAUGGAAUUACACAGGCAACUACAGAAGGCAGACAUGGCGGUUUCAGAUGCGCAGUUGAAGGUCACCAACAUGAGGAAACAGCUGUACGAAGCAAAACCUGAUGGACUUGCGUCAGACAAGGCUACAAGAUUGCAUCAGGAAGUGACUGAGUUGAAGCGACAGCUGGAACUGUCGCAAUCAAAGCUUCACAAAGCCCAGAAGGAGGUCUCGAAUCAGUCAGAAAUCAUAGAGCUCAUGACGGACUCAGCCAAUGUGCACAGCUCCAUCAUCAGCGAUCUUGAAGGCAGGAUUCAGGCAUAUGAAAAGGAAAUUAUUGGUAAUGAAGAAAAGAUAAAAAUUCUCUCUACUGCUCUGGCAGACGAGAAGAGAGAGUCUGCCAGCCUGCAGGAGGCGGCGGCCAGCUCGCAGCAGCAGCUGCAGCAGCUGAAGGGCAAGGACGUUGACCACGGUAGUGUUGCUGCCUGCGCGAGCUCGCAUGGUGUGCCGGGAGCGAGGCAGUUAACUCCUGAUUGCUUUCUUAGAGACUGUGUCAUAAAGAAUCUCCACUUGGACGUAAAUGAAAUUUCACUUCAGUACAGAGAUUGCUAUAGCGAGGUGGUGCGGCAAGAAGACAUCCUCUCAACUCUGAGGGACGAGAAUCUGGAGCUGAGGGUGCAGACAUACCAACUGCGGCAGGAGGUCGGCCGCUUGGAGGCGAAACUCGCCCACCUCAGUAAGGAGGCAGCCAAAGGAAGGAAGGAAGCAAUUUCUGAAAGUCAAAAGCAGUCUCAGGCACUCAUUAAAGAGUUGGAGUUAUGUAGAGAGCAGAAUGAGUUACUCAAGAACAAUGAAGAGGCUUCUGAUACUAAACUUGUAAACCUACAGGUUCAAAUUAGUUGUCUGAGCGAAGAGAACAAAACACUUCAAGAGCGUCUAGAAAUCUCUACAUCUGUUGUGCAUGAACUAGAAGGAUCUGUGCGUGAUUGGUCGGAGCGCGCAGAGGAACUGACUGCGGAAGUCUCCUCGCUCCGGGAGACCGACAGGAAGAACGAGGUUCUUCUGAGCGAUUGCGAACUGGACAAGCAGGACUUGGCGAAAGAGCUGGACGAGUGUUCAGCUCAGCUGAGCCGCUACGCCUCGAAACUGCACUCCGUCGUGGUGGAGAGGGACGAGUUGAAGCAGCGGCUGGACGCAGCGAACAAGAGCGUCGGCGAAGUGGCAGAGCUGGAGGCAAAGUUACGCUCCCUGCACGAUGACUUGACCUUUGCUACUGAAACAGUCCAAGGUCAAGAGGAAGUCAUCGAGAAGCUAACCGGCGAGAAGGCAGCAUGUGCUGAGGAACUGGAAGACGUGACCCGCAAGCUAGUUUGCCUGGAGUCCGAGGCGAAGACCCUCCGUCAGACGGUGAGCGACCAGCAAGAUGAGCUGAAGGAAAUGAAGGAUGCCACCAACGAGGUGGUCCAGCUGGAACGUGAAGUAACCAACUUGCGUGAGGAACUGGUGUCUGCCAGGACACAGCUGGCCAAGAAAGAGAACCAGAUCCGCACGCUGACUUCAGGUAAGACUGCAGAUGCAGCUGUGACGAGCGAGCUGGAGAACACGCGGAGGGCGUGCGCGCAGCUAACCGCCGAGGGAGAAGCAAAGAGCGAGGAGCUGAUGGACAUGGUAACAAAGCUGGAGAAAGCUGAGUCGGAGCUGCGGAGACUGUGUCUGUCCGAGGAGGAGAUGUACAGGGCGCUGAGUGCUUGCGAGUCCAUGCUGUCGGAGCGAGAAGCCAGGCUGCACGACCUUCAGCAGAGACUGGUAGACGUUGAGCGCGAAAAGGUUACAAGACUCAAGAGAGCCUCUUCAGAUCUUAUGAGACCAAAACUUUGUAAUGAAACUCUGAGAAAGUCCUUGGAAGCAAAGUUGCGGGGGCUUACCCGAUCAGAAGAAGAGAUCAGGAUUUUAAAAUCACAGAUCAAAGCUCAGCAAGAGGAACUGGAAGCAUACAAAAGCCUGGAACUUCAGUAUCAACAGCUAAUGAUUCAAGCAGACUCUCAGGCUCUCCGGGAAGUGAGCGUGGAACUGCAUGUGUGGGCGCAGCAGAAUGCAGCUCUCCAGAUGGAAGUGCACACCUUGCAGAAGAGGAAUGACAGGCUGGCGCUGGACUUGAGGCUCGCACAGAAAGCCUUGCAAGACUCUGCAAAUACUAACUUGGUUGCUCAGAGAAGCUACAGCAAGCAGGUGCAGGACCUAUCACAGGCCAGUUUGCAGCACCAAGUGCUUCUGAAGCAGUUUAGUGACAAGGCGGAACAGUUGCAAGAAGAAGUGGCUACCCUGCAGACGACUAAGGCAGCUUUGUUGGACAGGAACUCCUUCCUGGAGAAGUCCAGCAGCAGCCUGCUGAGUGAGUUACGUGGCCUGAAGUCCCGUGUGCAAGAACAUGAGCAGCAGGUACAGAGUACACACAUACCCUGUUUUAUCGCAUAAUCAUAGCACCCAUAUUUUAGGGCGUCAAAAUUUGGAUAAUCGUCGCAUGAUGUUUUUGGUUCCGCUAUUAGAUUCCGAGCGCUUUGUGUAGGUAUCUUUUCCAUACAAAACAAUGUACAGUAGAAUCUCGUUAUAGCGAGCACGGUAAUAGCGAGAACAUGGCUAUAACGAGGUAUUUUUGAGGAAUUUACGGCGUGAUCGCUUGAAGCGCGCUUUUGUUAUUUGUCUGCUUUAUCUCCACCCCUCUCGCUCGCCACUAGACAUCUUGCCGUUGACGCCUGUCACAUUCUUCAGCCGUGCAGUCGCCACCUAAGUGCGUGGCUUAAAAAUAGAAUCCCAUCCUUUCUUUCUUUUAUCAAACUUCCGUUAGUUAUCUGUGCCGUGUGUAGACAAAGUUUGAGAUUGGAACAGAAACAACGUAAGAAAGUAUUUUUUACAAAUUAGAAAUAUGUAUGUUUUUGUUUUUAUAAUCGCGUAUUUUCACGUUUUUUGUUGUUGUUAUCUUAAAAGAGAUAAUAUUAAAAAGCCGCUCUAUUGAGAUUUAAUUGUUUCUUGGUUAACAAAAACUAUUAAUUAUCAAUUAUUGUUAAUUGUUUAUAUUCUAUUUAUUAUUAUUUACGCGACGUCAUACUGUACGCGUACGCAAUACGACUGGAUUCGUUGCUGCAACAUAACAUAGCAUGUUAUGCGAUAUCAGAAGUAACGAGUAACGUAACGAUAGUAACGAGUACUAAUUGUUAUAGUAACGAAUACAUACGGGUACACAUUUUUUCGUUACUUUUACACCUCUAGUAGGCACUACGUACCGUAUUUAUUUUCGAAUCGCUAGGACAGUUUUCUUGUUACUUUUGUUUCGGUCAGUUUUUGAGGUAUCUGUCCGGGAAAGGGGUGGUGAAGGUUUGAGUUUAAUCCCAAAUUUAUUUUCUGAAACAGUUGACAGGUUUCUUUAAAUGAAAAAAGUAUAGUUUUCCAGCGACUAUUACGUUUGAGGCGUACGUGCGUUGCCGCAGCCGCACUCCUGCUUUUUUGUAAGGAAUUAAAUCGUCGCGCUACACUAGCACCACCUGUUAUCAACAUCCCGAACCAACAUGGCCGCCAGCAGACAGCCCGCGUCGACGAUAGAUAGCAGGACAACGCUGCGUCGGCCGCGGGCUGAGAUGCUAUACAUACGUGGCUUGGUAGGGUAUUCUGGUUAUUUUGACGCAAUCGGUGAUCGCAUCCGUACUUAUGGGAUAUCGUUUUAAAGAGAAUUCACACAUCUGCUCACAGAACUUAAGAUUUCGUUAAUAUAACCUGUCAUUUUCCAAUUAUACAGGUUUAAACACAAUUUUUAUGCUAUUUUUGUUAAUUUUUAUUUUUUGGGGGCCAAUAUAUGUCCAAUUCGGUUAUAGCGAGGAUAAAACCCGGAACCGUGACACCUCGCUAUAACGGGACUCUAGUGUAUUUUAAAGUAGAAAUCUAAUAUUUAUUCUGUCAUUACAACUUACUUAUUUAAUUAACGGAAAUACGAAGUUGUCUGAUGUGUAAAUUUUCUUUUAAAGACGUUUUCAAACGUUAUAACCUUUAUAUCUGCUCAUCUGCAUCGCCACGGUGUACUGCUUAUAAAAAUGUAGCCAGCGCUAGUUGGCAUCAUUCAUGUUUGGUUAUGUUGCUUCCCGUAUAGAGUGCCCACGUAGUCGAAUAUCGAUAUUGAUAUCUCGCCGAUUGCAUGCAACGCGCGCUCUCUGAUGGCCGGCACUCUUUCGUGGUGCAUACUAUGACGAUAGUUACCCGUUAGUUCAGGCUCGCAUUCACAUGUUGUUUUUCUAUUUAAAGUUGAAGAAAGGUUUUUGUUCCAUGACUUAUUAAUUUAAAUUGUUCGGCGUUCUCUUGCUCUUGUAUACUCCACUUUUUAAAUAAACAUACUUUUCAUGAAUGGGUUUUGUUUUUAUGAAUAACUUUAACUAACAGAAAAAAAUAAUUUUUCGCAUAAAAAUUAAAAUCGCACCCCCUACUUUUCAAACUUGAUUUUAGUAUAAAAUGUGGGACGAUUAUGUGAUAAAACACAGUAUGUCACAUAUGCAAAAAAAAGAAA